AUGUCGGGGCAGUCGCGCGGCUACGGCUUCGUUCGCUUCACCGAUGAGCAGGACCAACAGCGAGCCCUCGUUGAGAUGCAGGGAGUCUACUGCGGCAACCGUCCCAUGCGCAUCUCCACUGCCACCCCUAAGAACCGCAACCACGGCGGCCCGUACCAGCAGCACCACGGCAACCAGAUGAUGGCCCCCGGCCUGCCUCCUCACCAGCAGGGAUUCUACGGCGUCCCCUCGCCUGCCCAGUACGGCGGCGCUUAUGGAGCCCCCUACAACCCUCCUGGCCAGCAGAUGAACCAGUUCACCGACCCCAACAACACCACCGUCUUCAGUGAUGGUUGGACGGACCACAUGGACGGCUUUUCCGCUCUCGCACUCGACAUGAGGACCCGAAGGAGGUACUCAUGA